AUGGCGUUCUCCGACGAGUACAAGGACGUGGAGGCCCAAAAACCCACCCUCGUCCAACUCUCCGUCGGCAAGACUCAGCCGGUGCUGCUCUUCCAACUGAGCACCGCUGAAAGGUGCACCGUCUUCGACAACUUCCUCGCCGACCCGAGGUACACCUUUUCUGGCUUCUCCAUCGACGGCAACAAAACCAGGCUAGAGCGCGUCAAUCUGGAGGCCGCCAACUUCGUCGACAUACAGAAGGAGUGGAGGGUGCCCAAGGCAACCAAGGAGUCGGACUCCCUUGGAGACGUCUCCGGCAUGCUCAGCGACGACUACUACAACAACAUGAAGAAGAAGAUCACCGACGAUGAACACAGGCGCUGGUCCACCCUGCCUCUGUCCAUGAGGCACAUCAAGUACGCGGAAAAGGACGCCAAUGUAGCGUACGAGAUAUGGAACCGCAUCACCCUCACCCAGGACGGGCUUCGCCGUGCAAAGAUGGAGAAGGAGGAGCCCCCCAAGAAGCGCGCCAGGAGCAGCUGGGGAUGGGGAGACGCUAACUGCCGCCGCCCCCAGUCCUCUUCCACCUCGGGAUCCAUCCCGAUCCAUCUCCACCGAACCAGAUCGCUGCAGCCUGCACCUGCCCAAAUCCCCUUGCAGCCAGCCUCCUCCCCUCGAUCCAACCAACCAGCAAGCUCCUCCAAAGCCUCCCUCGAACUCCGAUCUAGCCACAUCUCCAUCAGGCGCCGUCGCAACCUCUCCGUCCCCGUGCCUCCUCUUGGUCGCCUCAACCCCGUCGUCCUUCGGCCCUGCAACCGCGAGCACCUGAGACCCUGUCCCUCGAGCACCGGCUCGAUCCACCGCUACAGCACACCCGUUGACCACCACUGCGACCAGGCCGGAGCUCCGUCGCCCUUCUCUUCCUCCUUCCCCGUUUUCCUCUCUCUCUCUCGCUCUCACAUCGCUCCCUCUGUCUUGGUUCGUCAACAGGAGGAGCCCCGCCGUCAGCGACCUCCUCUGCGCCCCGUCGACCGCGCCAGCGCAGCAGCGCCUCGUCCACUCGCCGUCUUCGCCGCUCGUGGGCCUCCCCUGCGACGCCUCGUCACCGUUUUACCCAGCCGUCGUCCCUCGCCUCCUCCCGCUUGUCACCUCGCCGGAGCUCCUUCCUCGACGCCGAGCUCGCCAAGCCCCGGCACCGCUCCUCCUCUGCUCCCGAGGCCCGAGCGUCCUCUCGUCCAGGAGCACGAGCCCCUCGUCGCCGCGUCGCCGGAUCCGGCCGCCAGGACCCUCCAGCGCCGCCCUCGUUGGCGCGUUGCUCCUCUGCUUUCAGCGUCACCCGCGUGCCAAGUUCUGCCGCUGCCUCGUCCAAUCCGCGUGCUCGCCGGAUCUCGCCGUCGUGCCCGGCCCCCGUUCGCCUCCACGCCGUCUUCGCCGCCUCUACCUCGCCUGUUGCCGACCUCUGCUUCCUCUGCAUCGACCUGCAGCUCGCCAUAACUGCUCGCCCGCGUCGUUGACCCGUCGCCCUGCUGCCUGGGCCUCUCCGGCCGCAGCGCUCCAAGGCCCAGCCGCGGCCUGCCAGCUCCUCCACCAACCGGCCCAUGCGGCCUGCUUCGGUUUCGUUCCGGAGUUGUGAGGAUUCAUUCGACUACGUCCGUUUGCCUUCUUC